AUGCUGGCCAAUCUGCUUGCUUUCCUCAAUCCCUCGCGCUCUCGCCACGACUCCUUCAUCCUGCUUAUCAGAUCGUCUGGAGUUAACUGCGUUCACCUCGUUCCGGAAGAACCUGGUGUCGUUGAACAGUUCAGCGCGUACUCGGGUAGCACCAAUCGUCUUCCUCCCCUCUCCCGUACAGUCACAUCCAUCCAAUCUGGCGAGCCACUGGGCGAGCUCGAGGUCAGGGUUACGGAGGGCGAGUCGCUACCAACCGCUGUGCAACGGCUGAGCGACCACGUCAGAAGGGCUUACGACGCGGGCUCGGCAACUGUUGGAGUUGACAAGGUGGCGGAGAUUGAUGCGGACGAGGCGAGGUUGCAUCAGUGCGAUCGCGCGCUGAGACAAGGAUUCCGUGCCAUGGCUGAAGAAGGGCGUGGCAAUGACGGGGCGGGAGCUGCCCCUGUGAAGUACACGGUCGAACUGGCGCGCAUCUCGAGAUCGAGGCCAGGACGCAUCUGGGACGACUCGAUGCUGACGAGCUUCCCGCAUUGA